AUGUCUCGAAAAUGUCGGGUCCUCAACAUGGCUCUUUGGACCGGUCUGGUCCUCUCACUGAAGGGGAAGUUGGCCAGCGCACAAACAGAGUGCGAUGCAGAGAGGGCGGGCCUGUCCAUGCUACAAGCCCACCUGGCCAAGGAGCGCAACGUGGACAGGAGUCGAUAUCACUGGGCCUCAGGCCGCGGGAAUUUUCCCAACUACUCGGUGUCUCCACAUCCUGCACCUUUCAAGGUUGGAGGCUCGCUUGCCUGGAAAUGGCACCAUCCGCUAGGAAGGUUCGCAACGUUGACCUUCGGCACAGCAAUCGAUGCAGACAGCAACAUUUACCUCUCAGCAGCAGAUGGGAUCCGAAAGUUUGACCCACAUGGAGUUACGCUUUGGGAGUACUCUACACUUCCCGCGUGGGUUUACAAUGCCCCAGCCUUGUACGAUGGAAUGGUGCACAGUAGCGACACUGACGGUUAUGUCUUUGCUUUGGAUAUGCAAACCGGCAAGCAGGUGUGGAGGACCCGCGUCGCCGAGAGCAUCGGCCAGGACAACGGCUUCAGCAUGGCCCAUGCUGGAGUUGUGGUGGCAGCUUGCGAUUGGCGCAAGCCGUCUAACUUCGACAAAGCCAACCACAAAAUCAAGGGCUUGAAUGCAAGCACUGGCGAAGAGCUAUGGACAUUUGAGCCAGAUACUCCUGUGUGGAAUUUCUUGCCUCUCUUCGUGGAAGGUGGAUCCUUCGUGUUCCAGGACAUGACGGGCAAGGCCUACCGUGUGAAAUUGGACACUGGCACCUUGGUGUGGAAGGCCGGUGGCCUGGAGGGGACUUGGACCGACGGAAGUGCAGCCUUGGGCCCAAACGGCUUGGUCUACACGGUACACAACGUUCAUCCCAUGCCGAUCACCGAGAUCAGCGAGUACAGUCCUGGAAACCUGAGCGCUUUCAACGUAAGCGAUGGCGAGCUGGUAUGGAGUGCUGUGACGCCGCGGCCACCGAACAAUGCCCCAGCCAUCGGACAUGUCAAGAACCUGCCGGGGCUCUCGGUUGUCAUGCCUUUGUGCCAGCAGGUUCGUCCGGGUUCAACCUGUGACGUCGAGGUCUAUGAUGCAGAGACUGGCAGUUUGCGGUGGAUAUUCCAUGGACCUACCCAGACUGGCUUAUUGCAAGCCGGAGAUGCGGAGGGAAUCGCGAUGCGGACAAGCCACGGUAUCCCAACAUUUUGCCUGCCAAAUGGCUGGAGCGCGCCCGCAAUCGACUCCGAGGGCACUGUGUUUGUGGGCAAUGAGGAAGGCAUUUUCUACGCACUGAGGGAUUUGGAUGGUGAUGGGGUGGCAUUUGGUGACGACGAGGUGGCCUUGUAUGAUACCCGAGCAGCUUUCGCCGGAUCCUCCAGUCCAGCAAUAGCUCCAGGGCUGCUGGCAGUAGCUUCCUGUGAUUCACUCUUCGUCUUCGAGACUUGA